AUGAAUGGGCCAGCAUUUAAUCCUCCAGGAGGGGGCCAGCAGGGCGUUGAUCCUUCGACCGCUGCUGCUGUUAAAAAUAUGCAAAUGAUAAUGGAGUCCUGUCCGGGUAAGACUGUCGUCUCGGGUGUGAUGGGAUUCGCCCUCGGUGGUGCCUUUGGUCUCUUCAUGGCAUCGAUGCAAUACGACACUCCCAUUCACACAUCCUCCACAGCUGCAGAAAUCACAUCCCUUCCCUUGCGCGAACAACUCAAACGCGGUCUCAAAGAUAUGGGUAAUCGCUCCUAUUCUUCGGCCAAGAAUUUCGGCAAAGUAGGCGCUAUCUUUGCAGGCACAGAGUGUUGUGUGGAAGGCUUCAGAGCAAAGAAUGAUCUGAAGAAUGGAGUCAUUGCAGGAUGUAUUACCGGAGGAGUGCUGGCGGCGCCGGCGGGACCACAAGCUGCCGCAGUUGGGUGUGCGGGGUUCGCGGCUUUUAGUUUGGCGAUUGAUAGUUAUAUGAGAAGGCCGAGUGAUGGAGAUUAA